AUGAUAAUUUUAACAAUUAUAAUAAAAAAUUAAUCAAAAGCGGACUAACAAUAAUAGUAUAGUUAUUUUAAUCUUAAUUUAAAUAACUAAAUAGGAUUGCAUAAGAUAACCAAAAGACUUAAAUUCAUUAUUGGAGAGAAAUCAUUAGAAAGUUUUAUCAUAUUAAUCAGGAGCAUUGAUUUCAUUAAAAAAAGGUAAUCCAUUUAAAGAAGGGAAUAAUAGCGUUUGUUUAAGAGAUAGGAUAUUAAAGAUUUUUCAUUUGGAGUACCCUAUACCUAUGGUGGAUUAGGGCAAUAAAUUUCCAUAUAACUACUCUAAAAAUAUUUAUUGAAUACAUUAAAAAUUCGGUUUUAGGAAUAUGGCUUUCUUUAUAAUGAAUCAGUCAGGUAUUACGAUAUAAUUGUUUAUGCUAAAUUAGAUUAGGAACAAAUAAAAUUUAUGUGA